GGGGCUCGACGCAGGCGCAGUCGGCGCGGGUCCUACAGGGCACAAGCGCUGGGAGUGCGACCGGCGGCAAGCAUGGACGACGAGGAGGAGACGUACCGGCUGUGGAAGAUACGCAAGACCAUUAUGCAACUGUGCCAUGACCGAGGCUACCUGGUGACUCAGGAUGAGCUAGACCAGACACUGGAGGAGUUCAAGGCCCAGUUUGGGGAUAAGCCCAGUGAAGGGCGGCCACGGCGCACAGACCUCACAGUGCUGGUGGCCCACAAUGAUGACCCCACUGACCAGAUGUUUGUCUUUUUCCCAGAGGAGCCCAAGGUGGGGAUCAAGACCAUCAAGGUGUACUGCCAGCGCAUGCAGGAGGAGAACAUCACCCGAGCCCUCAUCGUGGUGCAGCAAGGCAUGACACCCUCCGCCAAGCAGUCCCUCGUUGACAUGGCCCCCAAGUACAUACUGGAGCAGUUUCUACAACAGGAGUUGCUCAUCAACAUCACGGAGCAUGAGCUGGUCCCAGAGCACGUCGUCAUGACCAAGGAGGAGGUGACGGAGCUACUGGCCCGAUAUAAACUCCGAGAGAACCAGCUGCCCAGGAUCCAGGCUGGAGACCCUGUGGCUCGCUACUUUGGGAUAAAGCGAGGGCAGGUGGUGAAGAUUAUCCGGCCCAGUGAAACUGCAGGCAGGUACAUCACCUACCGGCUGGUGCAGUAACCACCCUACUGCCUGACAGCCCCUGGGAGAUGGACAAGUGGACUAUGACCACUCCACCCUGGACAGUUCGUGGCUUGCCUUGCGGGAAUCUGCUGCACCCCGGAAACCUAUCCUCUGCUCUCUGGACCCCAAGGCAGGCUGCUUGUUUUCCCUUCCUGGGCUGAGGACCCUCGUGGCCUCACCUGGACACUGAGCCCCACCUGGGGUCCUGUGUAGUUGUGCCUCAGGAGGGGAAAGGAUCCUGAGGGGAGGCCAGGGGGCCAGCGAGCAACCUAGACAGUCCUAGGUUCUUGUCUGCCCCCUGGGCACCCUGAGCUGGCUCCGCACAAGUAGGACCUGGGUCCGAGUCUCUUGUCAGCCCUCGCCUCCUUCCACUUCCCAGCUCUGUGCUGCCCUCACAGUGGUCCUGUCCCUGACAACUGGGAGCGCUCUGAGGGCAGCAGGCAGGGAGGUUAACACGCAUCUGGAUUUUUUGAGUUGGCAUUGAAUGCUGGUGUUUUAAAAUUAAAGAUAAUUUUGAGUAAACAAUUUCACUUGUCUGAAAAACCAAGGUGGGAGAACAGGUUUUCUGUGGCUUCAGAGUCUCCACAGCUGCCCUCUGCCCCCCUUUCCAACUGCCACAGUCGUGCCUGGUUGGCUGGCUGUGCGCCUGCCCUCCCAAAGGGCGGGGUUAAUGUCUAGUGUUCACUUCCAGCUGUGCUCCCCUGAGCUUUUCUUGUGUAAGUCUGGGGUCCUUGCCCUGGCGGUGUGGCUCAGUGGACUGAGCACUGGCCUGCAAACCAAAAGGACGCUCAUUCACAAUCCAAAGCACGUGCCUGGGUUGUGGGCCAGGUCCCCAAUAGGGGGUGCACUAGAGGCCACUACACAUGGAUGUUUUUCUCCCUCUUUUUCCCUCCCUUCUCUCUCUAAAAGUAAAUAAUUUUUAAAAAAAAAAGAAGUUUGGGAGCCAAUGAUCCCGUUUCCCGCUUUAGUGUCUGGUUCCAGAAGGCCUCCCCCCCGCCCUGCCCCAGUUAAAAGCAGUCAUGAAUAUAUUUUUAAUACCUUUUUUGAGACAUAAUCACAUACCAUACAAUUCACCCAUUUACAGAGUUCACAGUGUGGUGGCUUUUAGUAUGUCCCCUGCUGCGCACCUACCACCAUCACUUCUGGAACAUUUUAUCAUCCCCCCAAAACAACCCCAACACUCAACAACCACCCCCUCUUCUUCACCUCUGCUUCCACUUUGGGCAGCAUGCAGGUGCCUUUUUUUUUUUAAAUUGAAUUUGUUGGGAUGACAUUGGUUAAUACAGGUUUCAGGUGUACAAUUCUACAAUACAUAUUCCAUGUAUUCUGUUGUGUGGGCUCACUACCGCAAGUCAAGUCUCCUUCCAUUGUUCAGAUUACCUUUUACUGUCCUGCCGCACAGGCAGGCCACGGUCCCAUCUGUGCUCCGGGUGGGUGGAUGUGCCCGCCUCUGGAGAGUGCAUGCCAGGCAUUCUUUCCUGCUCCGCAUUAAUCACAAAGGUGGCCCUUGGAGGCAGAGAAGACUCCUGGCUGCACCGAAUUGGAACAGUCUGUGCUGCAUUUAUUUUUGGAAAUAUGUGGUCUUUAGAUCUUGGUCUCUUUUGGCAGUGGUUUAGGUGCUUCCCUGACUUUGUACAAAGGCCCGGGUGAUGGUGGCCCAGGCCAGCCGAUUUCGAGCAGUAUUUUUCCUCCCACCGUUUUCAAACAGUGAGGUUUUGUGGCCCGACUGGAGUGCAGAUGUGACGACGGGCAGAGUGCCGUUCUUCCCACAGCACAGGAAGUGACUCCUUCCGUGGUUCUGGGUCCUGUUUACAUGUGCAGGUGAAAGGCAUGCAGGUCAAUGCAACAGCAUGAAUGUGACGGCUGCACCGUGCAGUGGGCCGGGGCCCUGCCCAGCACCCUUGCAGGCAGGACUUCUGUCCAUGCUGUUCCUCUGCCAGCCUCCCAGCAUCCUCAUGGCCAGUUCCCUCACCCUCACUACUGCUCACAUGGCACCUGGGGCUUCUGUGGCUACUCUCUGAACUUCACGUUCCCUGUUCUUUCUCAGUUUAUCCUCCAGGCAUAUCUCACAUGCUUGUUUCUAUCCUGUCUUCCCCAGCAGAGCAUAAGCUUUUGGGGGCAAGAGGUCUGGUUUUCUCCACUGGCGUUUUGCUUAGAAAUAAUGCCCGACACAGUAGAUGUUCGUGUUUGGUUAAUGAAGGAUGGUGAUAAGGCCUGUGACCCCCACACUCUGAUUGCUGAAUCUGUCCCUUAAUCCUUACAUGCUACAGAGACUUUAUGAAAGAUACAAAACCAGAAAAAGUCCAAGGAUGAAAGACAGUUUAGUGACAGAUCUAGAACACUACCUGUGGUCAUUGUAAAGCCCUCCACAUACCAGACACCCACACAUUAGGGGUAGUUAUUUGGGAGUUUCUGUAAAUGGGCUUCUAGAAGACAGUCACUUAGUGGGUGCCAUGGUCAUAGUGAUACUGGGCCAUUUAGCUCUGCGCUUCCUGAAUCAGUUGCCUCGUUCACCCUGACGUGCAUGUUCCUGAUGCUUUACGCAAGGACCGUGUGUGGCUGCUUGGGUGACCACUCAUCAUGCUUCAAGCAAAACAAAUGCCCUGAGAUAUAUUUGUGCAGUUUCUUCUGAAGAAAAGGCUCGUUGAAGCUAAGGUCAGGUUCAGUGUGUACACUUUAAUUCGCCUUCUAGUUAGCUGUUCAUUUAUACUUAAUAAUAGUGCUGUGUACACUGAUAAGUUGAUGUUUGAAGGCAAAUUGAGAAUUUUUACUUUCUGGUGGCUGCAAAACUAGGACUUUAAAAUAAGAAUAACAGUAAACCAGGAACUACGUGUUAAGCUUUGGGCUAUAACGUUACAAACCAUUUGUUUGGAAUUUGUGAACAAGAAAAGAUAAUGUUAGCCCUGGCUGUGGUAGCUGAGUGGAUUGAGCGCGGGCUGGGAACUAAAGUGUCCAGGUUCGAUUCCCAGCCAGGGUACAUUCCUGGGUUGCAGGCCAGAACCCCCAGCAACCACACAUCGAUGUUUCUCUCUCUCUCUCUCCCUCCCUUCCCUCUCUAAAAAUAAAUAAAUAAAAAUGUUUUUUAAAAAAAGCACAGAACUCAAAGACAUUAUAUUAAAGAAAAAAGAAAAGAUAAUGUUGAUGGUGAUUUUAUAGUCAUUAAUACAAUCGAUUAGCCAUUGUUUUGUAAAUCCAACAGUGUCAAUUAUAAAUUUACCUGUCAAUCUUAAAAACACUUUUAAGUCAUACAGAAUAAUGGGAAUGUGGUUUCCAUUCAGUUUCAAAAUACUAAUAUUUCCAUUUGCUUAAGGAGGCACAGCUAUCUUCCUGUAUACUUUCUUAAAUGUUACUGCCACACUAAUAGUUUUGUAUGUCCAAGUGACAAAAGUCUUGGCAUUAUUGUAGCAUUUGAUUUAAAAUUUUAGAUGAGCUUUUGCUAUUUCUGUAGUUCACAGGCCUGAUGACUGAGUGUUCCUGCGCUUCUGUGAGAUGCGUCUCCCUCACACCUUAUUACGAUAUUAGCAUGUUGCCAUUCUGACGUGAAGAAAGUCGUAGGUGUCCAAGUUUUCCGUCUCUUCAUCGUGCACUUACUGCGGACUCGCCCCUGCUCAUUAGGGUUAGGGUGGGCACCCCUACACAGUAGUGCCUGAAAGUAGAAAUGGUUUUAACUUAUACAUAGCCCAUGCCAAUCUUUUUUCCAGAUUGUAGAAUUAAAGAAAUGGUCUCUUUUAAAAAAAAAAAAAACAA